UACUGUAAACGCGUUUGCGCGUUGCUGCUGCUGCGUUUGCAGCUGUGCUUGUAUUAUCUUAGGUAUUAUAAUCCCGGCAAUAUUAGGUAUUAUUUUUUUGUCGAUAAUUGAGACAGAAAGUGAAUGAUGUGUUCAUUUGAAGUAGUGAGAACUGAGCUGAUUGAGAGUGUGAAGAAUAGUUUCGAAAGAAAUAACACAGACAUACUAAGGAAGAAAUAUGACACGUUCAAGGUGAAUGAAAAUGAUAAAAGGUCAGCAUUGGAUCAAGUGUUAAGAGAUUAUUUGCUCCAGCUUCUUGCAGAACCUUGUAACAAUGUAUCAGUAUGGGAAAUGUAUGUUACGUUUUGCAUUGAGGCUUGCCGACAAGACAUGUGCACACCUACAAUGCCAGUUGUUCUCCUUGGUGAUAUCUUUGAUGCUUUGACACUUGAUCAAUGUGAAAAAUUGUUUGCAUUUGUUGAGAAUGGAGUGAACACUUGGAGAGAAGAAAUGUUCUUCAGUGCUUGCAAAAAUAACUUGCUCCGAAUGUGUAAUGAUUUGCUAAGACGAUUAUCUCGAUCUCAAAAUACUGUUUUCUGCGGACGAAUACUUCUCUUUCUUGCUAAGUUUUUCCCAUUUUCUGAACGAUCUGGUCUGAACAUUGUGAGUGAAUUUAAUCUUGAUAAUCUGACGGAGUUUGGUGGUGAAAGCUCAAAUGAUCUGAAAGAUAUUCUGGCAGAAAAGGAUGAGGCAAUGGAAGAAGAUGUGAAACCAGAUGCAAAGAUCAAGAUAGAUUACAAUCUGUACUGCAAAUUUUGGGCUCUACAAGAUUUCUUUCGCAAUCCAAAUCAGUGCUACAGCAAAGUUCAUUGGAAGACAUUCUCAGCUCAUGCAUCAAAUGUGUUGCUGGCAUUCAAAAGUUUCAAACUUGAUGAUAUGCAAUGUAAGCAUCAGAAACUUGACACUUCAGAUGAAGACAGACAGCAGCAGCAGCAACAACAACAUUACUUUGCUAAGUUCUUGACUAAUCAGAAACUACUGGAACUGCAGCUUAGCGACGCGAACUUCCGGCGCUAUGUUCUCCUUCAAUUUCUCAUCUUGUUCCAGUACCUCAACUCUCCUGUUAAAUUCAAAUCGGACACACACGAACUAAAGGUUGAUCAGGCAGAUUGGGUGAAAGAGAAGACAGAAAUGGUUUAUUGUCUGCUGGAGGAAACACCGCCUGACGGAUUAGCAUUUGUUCAGACUGUUAAACAUAUCCUUAAGCGUGAGGAACACUGGAACUCGUGGAAGAAUGACGGAUGUCCAGAGUUCCAAAAACCUGCCCAUCAAGUAACAGCAGAUGAGACAAUAGAAGAGGGAGGGGAGAAGCGUAAGGUCCUCCCUCGUCCACGCAGACCUAAGAAGAGUCUCGGAGAACAGAUGAAGGAUGCCACUCAACAUGGGAAAUUCAUAAUGGGGAACGUGGAACUUACAAAACUCUGGAACUUGUGUCCGAACAACCUUGAAGCAUGCAAAUCAAGGGACAGAGACUUCUUACCAUCACUAGAAGGAUACUUUGAAGAAGCAAUAGAGCAGAUUGAACCAGCAGCUAUGGUAGAAGAAGAAUACAAACGAGUCAACGAUGGUAACUUUGGUUGGCGUGCUCUAAGAUUGCUGGCUCGUAGGAGUCCACAUUUUUUCACGCACAGCAACAAUCCAAUCAACAAACUGCCUGAAUAUCUUGAAACAAUGAUCAAGAAAAUUGCAAAGGACAGACCAUCAUCGCUGAGCAGCGAAGAAAUCAAAGUUGAGUUGAUGGACAGUGAUGUUCAGACAGUGGUUCCUGAUGCUGAAAAUGAGGACGACGAACUUCUAAAAUCUGAGGAGAAGGAAGAACGAACAAUGCCGCAAGAAUACGAGGACGACGGGAUGGGGGCAGAGAAGGGGGACAGUAAGAGAAGUAUCCUGUUGAAAGAGCAGCUUCAGGCCAUUGCAGUUAAAGUAGCGCCACAAUGGAAGAAACUUGCAACCAAACUGGGCUACCAGGAUGAUGAGGUGGAUUUCUUCCAGAAUGAGCAGAAUACCGAUGUGGAACGGGCAUUAAAUAUGCUGCAGAUCUGGGCAGAGGAUGAUGAAGAUGCCAGUCCAGAUAAUCUCUCAUACACGUUGGAAGGUCUGGGGUUAAUGGAAGCUGCUGAUGCCUUGAGGGAAGUAACAGAUCUGAUGAACAUGGGGUAGUUUACCUUAUGUUUGUAUUCAGUGCGUGAAGACUGGGAUAUGCAUCGCUUCUGUUCACAUGCUGAGGAUCAACACUGCUUAAAAUUUGUUGGGAAAAUGUAAUUUUGAUUGCUGUUGGUUGAUAUCGAGGGCAGCGUGCCAGAUGGGCGUACCGGCAGAAUGAUUGAUCUACAGGUGACUACAUUUUUAUGCUAAUUUUGAUCGAUAAAUACGCAUUAUUAUUGUCCGUACGCUCAAAUAAAACUGUCUGUAUCUCUGCGUAUAGCAGCAUCAGCAUCACACCCUUCUGUCUCAUCCAUACAUCUCACCAUUUUAUGUUCUUAGACCAAAUGUCUUCAAUUAUGCAAAUAUUUUGAUGUGCCCUUCUGCCGUGACCCCUCUGAUAAGUUCAGCAGCUUUACGUGAAGACCAAGUAACAUUUUAUCAUUUUCUCAGAAAUGGCUCAAGGUUGAUACAUGACAAAAAAAAUUCAGUUCUCAUUUGGAUUGACAACUUUCAUUUGAAUAAUUCUUUGAUAUGAAGAGUAUUUAAUGAAAUAUGAAUUAUGUUAAUUUUUUUUUUAAUUUAUGCGUUAUGUUAUUAGGUUUGUGGGUGUUGAUUGGAUUCACCUGGCUCAGUAUACGGUCUAGUAGCAAGCUGUACUUAAUAUGGCAAAUGAAACUUUGGUUUCCAUAAAUCUUGGGGAGUUUCUUGACUAGAGAAUAUUAACUUUUCAGGAAUUCUGAUGAUCGAGGCAGCAGGGACCUGUGAAACAUCGAUAAACUUCUACCACUCGUGAUACACGAGAGCUUUUUACUACACUGUAUCCUGGGCCGGGUGAAUCCAUCCCACACCCAAAAUGUGAUUGAGAAUUUAAUGUUAUCCUUCCACCUAUGCAUGAUUCUUCCAUGUGAUCUCUUCCCUUUAGGUGUUCUGCCUAAAUUUUAUCUCUUCCGAGAGUGCUACAUGUCCUCAUCUUGUCCUUGAUUUUAUCACCUUAAUAUUAAAUUUAUAUUUUACAAUACA